GCCCCUGGAGUGGAAUCCAGUUGCCGGAUUCGCCGCCACGCCGGGAGUGCGCCUGCGCGGUCGCGGGGUCCCUCCACCUCCACUUCCCCUCCCCCUGUCCCCCCACGGGGGCUCCGGGUCCGGCGGGACCAUGUUCACCAGCACCGGCUCCAGUGGGCUUUAUAAGGCACCUCUGUCCAAGGGUCUUCUGCUGGUGCCCAGUGCCCUGUCCCUUUUGCUAGCCCUCCUCCUGCCGCACUGCCAGAGGUUCUUCGUGUAUGACCUCCAAGCUGUCAAGGAUGACUUCCAGAUUUGGAGGUUGAUAUGUGGAAGAAUAAUUUGCCUUGAUUUGAAAGAUACUUUCUGCAGUAGUCUGCUUAUUUAUAAUUUUAGGAUAUUUGAAAGAAGAUAUGGAAGCAGAAAAUUUGCAUCCUUUUUGCUGGGUUCCUGGGUUUUGUCGGUUUUGGUUGACUUCAUUCUCGUUGAGGCCGUGUGGUAUUUCUUUGGUAUUGCUGCAGCCGGGAAUCUGCCUUCUGGAUUCCUGGCACCUGUCUUUGCUCUGUUUAUACCAUUUUACUGCUCCAUACCAAGAAUCCAAGUCGCACAAAUUUUGGGCCCGUUGUCCAUCACAAACAAGACAUUGAUUUACAUAUUGGGACUACAGCUUUUCACCUCUGGUUCCUACAUCUGGAUUGUAGCCAUAAGUGGACUUGCAUCGGGCCUCUGCUACCACAGCAAAGUAUUCCGGCUCCACCAGGCGCUCUGCAUUCCCAUAUGGAUGGCAAAGUUCUUUUCUUGGACGCUGGAGCCCAUCUUCUCAUCUCCAGAACCCGCCACCGAAGCCCGGAUUGGGAUGGGGGCCACCGUCGACAUCCAGAGACAGCAGAGGAUGGAGCGGCUUGACCGGCAGCUGACGCUCUCUCAGUUUGCACAAGUGAGACGACAGAGACAGCAGGGAGGAAUGAUCAACUGGAAUCGUCUCUUCCCUCCCUUACGUCAGCGACGGAAUAUAAACUAUCAGGACGGUCGGCGGUCUGAGCAGCAAGCAUCUCCUCCUCUCGAGGUUUCUGAGGAACAGGUUGCCCGGCUCAUGGAGAUGGGAUUUUCCCGGGGUGAUGCUCUAGAAGCCCUGAGAGCUUCGAACAAUGACCUGAAUGUGGCCACCAACUUCCUGCUGCAGCAUUGAGGGUCCUGGACAGCUGCACAGACACUGGCCGAGCGGCUGCCCACCCCCAGCGGGCGCAGCCCCGACUCCAAGGCAG